CUAGCACACACUCUAACAGCAGACAUGGAUUUCUCCAACAACGCUUUCCAAACGCGGCCAUCAUCCAAACUGUCCGAGGACAACAUAAGUCACACCAAGCUGGUCCAGUCGUGUCGGUUUGGCUGGUCGGUCGGACCUAGCGACUCUCAAUCCGCCAUCGCUGCUCCAGUCUCUGCUCCCGUCUCAACACAUACAACCACCAGUACAUAUAUUGACAAACGAGCCAAGAGACUCACUCCCUGCCGAGGACGGUUAUACCAUCAACUCACGUGCGCACAUCGUAUUCGAACGGAUCUGAUAGAAGAUUGUGGGACUAACUGUCUGGAGCCAUACACCACUACUAACAAUAGUCUCUCGCCAGUACCUUUCUACUGCCAGGAGUGCGUAGAUCGUGACUCAAACCAAUUUUGGGAGACGCGGUCUGCGGAGCACGAUGCGCAGUACCCUUCCAUAGGCCAAAUGACGCCGGACCAGUACAACCAGUGGUACGAAGAGCAUCAAAUUCUGCAAGCUCAGUACGGGAUUGAUCGUAAGAAGUACGAGAUGCAACAACGCGCGGCGUCGCGGCCUUCGAACGUGUGCUCUGCACUCGAGAUGAGUAAAGAGGAAGAGGCGUUUGCUAAAGAACUAGACGGGCUUUCUCUUUCGCUAAUGGCGUCUUCGUCUUCAUCGUCGCCGUCACUCUCGGUAGCUACACUGCUAUCGCUUUCGACACCUGCGUCAUCGCUCGGAGAAGACAGCGUCGCUGCUGUUUCUAGGGAGUCUCGACGUCCUUCACACCCACAUUACCACCCUUAUUCGCGGCAACGCACUACGCUGCCUACGGAUGCCUCUGAGCAACUUCACUGGGGCCUCAAUUCAUUGAACAUUGAUCGCGGAUCGUGCGGAGUCGAGUACUCUGGGGGAUCACCGGUGCAGUCACCGUCCAGACCACAGCAGAUUGUGGCGAAGGAAGACGUGUGGCGCCCCAGGGGCCCGGCAACGAGAAAGUAG